GAGAUAGGUUACGUUGCGACAACGUCGUUAACGCGUUAUAUACCCUCUGUGAAUGGUUUAUUUUGAACGAGUGCUCUGAGAUGAACGGUUAGCCGCUAACGGAAGCUGCUGCGGAUGUUUUAUGGGACACAGAAUUAGCUAGACGUGUCUUAUAUUUUGUCGGUACUCUGGUCUGUGAGGACAUGGCUGUGAACGUUUAUUCCACUUCAGUGACUAGCGACAAUCUGAGUCGCCAUGACAUGCUCGCGUGGAUCAACGAGUCUCUACAGAUGAACUUCACCAAGAUCGAGCUUUUAUGUUCAGGUGCAGCCUACUGUCAGUUCAUGGACAUGCUUUUUCCAGGCUGCAUACCGUUGAAGAAAGUAAAAUUUGGUGCAAAGUUAGAGCAUGAAUACAUUCACAAUUUUAAGAUAUUGCAGGCUGCCUUCAAGAGGAUGGGUGUUGACAAAAUUAUCCCGGUUGACAAGUUGGUGAAGGGCAAAUUUCAAGACAAUUUUGAAUUUGUUCAGUGGUUUAAGAAGUUCUUUGAUGCCAAUUAUGAUGGAAAAGACUAUGACCCAGUGGAAGCGCGACAGGGCCAGGACACCAUGCCUGUACCCAACCCAACCAUGCCUGCCCUCAGCAAGCCUAGGAAGAUCAUGAAUGCAGCACCACAGAGAGCAGCGGUUGCAAAGGUGACACCCAAGAUGGCACCUGGCUCUGCGCGGAGACCUGGUGCUGGUGGUGAUGAGGAGAGGGCGGAGCUUAUUCAAGAGUUAAACAUCUUGAAGUCUACCAUCCAGGACAUGGAGAAGGAGCGGGACUUUUACUUUGGCAAACUGAGGAACAUUGAGCUGAUCUGUCAAGAGAAGGAGGGGGAGGGAGACCCCACCCUGCAGAGGAUUGUGGAUAUUCUCUAUGCCACAGACGAGGGGUUUGUUGUACCAGACGCUGAGUUGGAGGACCAGGAGGAGUUCUAAUGCUCGUGAUUUGCUGCAGUUUUACCUUCCUCUCACCUUUCCAUUCCCGUCCUCUCCACACAGUCACUACCCGCCAUCCACACAUCAUAUUACGCAUCUGGACUUCCAAACAAACUCCAUGCGUCUGCUAAAGCAUGCAUAGACACUUCAUGAAGAAAGAACCGUUUUAAUGCCCUCAGACCUCUGGCUGCCAUGAUACCCUGUGUUUCUCUCCGAGGAACAGUGCGUUUCCUGUCUGUAAUAUAUGAUCUAACAUUGCUUUCCUCUUUCAGCGACUUCAGACACCUGCAGUUGUAUUUAUCUUAAAUGUCUCCGAAACGUCUUGGACACUUGCUCUGUAGUGAUUGAUAGGUGGCGUCUCCCCCUCACUGCUGUGGUACAUAUCUGUGAUCACGUCUUAGUCCGAACCGUACCUUACUGACACAAAACCCAGGGACGGAAUGACAAAACGUGUGUUAGUUGAUUGCAAAAAGCCUCUCUCUUCCUAGUUUCCACUCAUGGUUUUGGUGCUUGUUCUAGCGUAAGGCAGGUAGCAGUCUCCAGCGCUCCAGUCUAUCCUCAGUGACUGUGCCUUAUACAGACUGUCUGGAGGGAGUAGACCCAGUCUGACGUUUGUCUUUGUGUUAUGGAUGUAGUGAAGUCGACGCACGUGCUAACACUCAGUCGUGCACUUUGGCCUACAGGACGCCGAUGUACUGUGGUGCCACGGUUGCACGAGUUUAACUGUCUUUGUUAUAAUUUUAUUGCUUUUAUUUGAAACCGCUGGAUGAAGUUAGUAGCCACUACGUCGGCCACAAUUUGAGUUGACAAGACAAACACUGCCCGUUUUCUUCCUCUUUUACUGCCUUAAUAUUUAAUGCGUUUUUCUAUCCUGUCCUGUACUGUCUCUUUUGGCAAAUGUUUGUUAUUCAAAGUUUUACAUUUACGUUUUCUUUUGUUUCUUUUAAUUAUUAUUUGUAGACGUAACGGCAGCAGCAGAAUAUUGGUUAUCUCAGACCCAAAUCUUUUAAAUACACAAGAUGAGAACGUGAAAUCUUUCGAGUUAUUUUAAAAUAUUGCACUCUUUCAAGACCUUUCCCCAAAUAACCAUGUCAAGCCGAUGAUACAAAUGCAGAAACACUAAAAAUAUCGACUUAAUGAGCUUUGUAGAUGAAAGCUUUACUUCUCACUCUGAAUUUGAUCUUUCCAGGCAAUGCUCGCUCACUUCAUUUGUCUUUUUUGUUUUUUUUGGGAGAUUCAACAGGAUUCUGACUUUAGAUCAUUGUGCCAGCUCUGACUUUCUCCGAUGUGUAGCUUCAUUGUUUUCAUGUGCACCGGUCAUCCUCAAUCGAUCGGCAUUUUACUGUGUGUAAUUCUCAAUGUUGCAUUGUACAUCAAUAGCACAUGCAAAACCGGCAAUCAGAGUUGUUAUUGGUGCUAUCGAAUACCUUGACCCUUAAGAACUUGCCUGUUUGAGCUAGACAAGCCUUUUUGCUGGAUGUUUGGGUUCACUGGAUUAGAAAUAUAUUGCUGCGGUUGGGUUAAUAUAACAGCGCUGGAUCUGAUCUAAAUAGGAGACAAAAGGAAAGUAAGUGACACUUGCAUUGACAAAUAUGCCAUUGUAAUUUCACACAAGCCGAACUGUUAAAUAUUGGCACAAGGUGGAUGCAAGUAAAAAUGUGGACGGAAAUAGUUUGGAAGCAGGUAAUGUCUGUUAAAGGCAGUGAUCGACCCUUCCUUCCUUUCUUUCAAUGCUCUGUGGCCUUUAAGAACAAUCUGUAGCGAAGGUACUCAGUACAUCGUGGGCCACGCACCACGACAAAACUGUCUCUCUCCCUGAUUUUGUACUUGCAGGCUGUUAAGAGGUCCACAUUUUUAACUGAAGUCCAUUUCUUACAAUAAAACAGUAUUUACAUGUC